AUGAGUCAUUAUCGUUACAAUGGUUGGAUAAUUGAUAAAUUUGAAGGUGAAAUAAAAUUGCAUGGCGCAUACAAGUCCAUUUCAAGUGACUAUUUCUCCUCUUUUAUAACAUCGACUACAAAUACUGCAAAUACCAAUUCAACUACUCCUACUAAUGUUACUACUGAUAAUAACAUUGCCAACAGUAAUCUCGUUAUCAAUCCAACAAACAUAGUUGUAACACCAGCUCAUUUACUCACCCUACUACCUGGUGCUAUCCCACCUGAAACCACACUGUACUUUUAUGGUAAAAUAACACGUGAACAAGCUGAAGAAUUAUUAUUUAAACAUGGCGCCAGUGAAGGUCUCUUUCUGUUGAGAGAGUCUGUAAAUAGAAAUUAUGCAGUGUCGAUAUGUCAUAUGGGUCGUGUACAUCAUUAUAAUGUAGAAAGACAAACAGAUUGUUCAUAUAGGAUACAAACAGGUCAUAAAUUUAUUGGUCCAGUUGAAUUAGUUCAACAUCAUUCAACUCAGUUAGAUGGUUUCCUUACAUUAGCCAAGCUUCCAUUGAAUCGUCCACAAGGUGUUUCACCCAUCGUAUUACAAGGAUUAAACUCCGAUGAAUUGGAAAAGUGUUUACGCGUGAAAGCUACAGAAAUGGGAUUGAAAGGUCAAAGUGUUGAAGAAGCACUCAGUGGGCCUAUGCGUAAUCAUUUACGAUUUCUAGUGGUAAAAGAUUUACACUUAAUUCAACCAUGGUAUCAUCAUACUAUCCGACGACGUGAUGCUGAAUUACGUUUGGCGAAUGAAGGCAGUCAAGAAGGUGCAUUUUUAGUACGUUAUCGUAAAGAAGAUGGAGUAUACGUGUUAAGUUUAACAAGUCAUAAUGAACCGAAACACUACAGGAUAGAAGAACAUUUAGGCAGAUGGUCUAUAGAAGGUGGACAAUACUUUGAAACACUUAUGGAAUUAAUUGAUCAUUAUCAUUUUCGUCAAGAUGGUCUAUUAUGCAAAUUACAGAAACCAGUUUCUGCGCCUAGUUAUACACGUUCACGUUCAGGUUCGGGUUUGGCAAUAAAACAUUCAACUGAUCACAUUAAGAUUCCUAUGAGUCCAGAGAAAAGUCAACAUUGUAAAUUACAAAGUACAUUUUCAUCAAAUAUAAAUCAUAUAAGGAAUGGUAGUCAUUCCUUGCCAGCUUUAACAACAUUUCCUAUUGCUGGAGUUAAUCCCCCACUGAAAAGCAUCAUUGUUUCUACUACAAGUACUACUAUGACUAAUAACAGUAACAGUGUUUCAAUUCAAUCUGGUAUCCAUAAAGAGACAAGUAACAUAAUAACAACGAAUAUAACAAGAACGACAACACCACCAGUGUCGACAAUAACAACAACAACAACUGCUUGUUCUUCUCCUCCCUUUUCUACGUCUAUGCCUACUCCUACGAAUCCAACUGCUGUUACCACUCCUGGUGGUAGUAGUAAUAGUACAGUUAUUAGACAAGAUUUAAUCUCCUUUAACGAUUGGCCAAAUGUAACAAUGCUUUUAUCGAAUCAGACUACUACAACAUUACAAUCUCCUUUAAACCGACAGACGACAACGCAAACAACAGCGCCGACAACAUCGUUAUCUACAACACCAAUAGAUGCCUAA